CGGAAGAACCCCGGCGGCUGCAGCGCGGCACGGGCAGUUCGGCACGGGUAGUUCAGCUGGGUUCCAGGAGUUCGCAGCGUGGGUUUGGAGUCAAGGUCUGUUCCGCGGGCAGCUGGAAGGGAGUAUACACGUCUCGACGGCGGAGGGCGCACGGCCGGACUCCCGGCCGCUUGGCCAUGAACCUGGAGCGGUUGAGGAAGCGCGUCCGGCAGUACCUAGACCAGCAACAAUAUCAGAGUGCUCUGUUUUGGGCAGAUAAAGUAGCUUCACUCUCUCAUGAGGAACCCCGGGACAUUUAUUGGUUGGCUCAAUGUCUUUACCUGACAGCACAGUAUCACAGAGCAGCUCAUGCGCUUCGGUCACGAAAACUGGACAAAUUGUAUGAGUCCUGCCGCUACCUUGCAGCUAGAUGCCAUUACGCUGCGAAAGAGCAUCAGCAGGCUCUUGAUAUUCUUGAUAUGGAGGAGCCAAUCAACAAACGAUUAUUUGAGAAGUACUCAAAGGAUGAAAGUGGCUUGAAAGACCCCUCCAAUGACUGGGAAAUGUCACAGUCCUCAAUAAAGAGUUCUAUUUGUCUUUUACGAGGGAAAAUCUAUGAUGCUCUAGAUAACCGAACCCUAGCUACCUACAGCUAUAAAGAAGCUUUGAAGCUCGACGUCUACUGUUUCGAAGCGUUUGAUCUUUUGACGUCACACCACAUGUUGACAGCCCAAGAAGAAAAAGAACUUCUUGAAUCACUACCUCUUAGCAAGCUUUGUACUGAAGAACAAGAGUUACUACGUUUUCUAUUUGAGAACAAAUUAAAAAAGUAUAAUAAACCAAGUGAAACGGUCAUCCCCGAGUCUGUAGAUGGUUUACAAGAGAAUCUGGAUGUGGUUGUAUCUUUAGCUGAAAGACAUUAUUAUAACUGUGAUUUUAAAAUGUGCUACAAGCUUACUUCUGUAGUAAUGGAAAAAGAUCCUUUCCAUGCAAAUUGCUUACCUGUGCACAUAGGGACACUUGUGGAGCUGAAUAAAGCAAACGAGCUUUUCUAUCUUUCUCAUAAAUUGGUGGAUUUAUACCCUAGCAACCCUGUGUCUUGGUUUGCAGUAGGAUGCUAUUAUCUCAUGGUUGGCCAUAAGAAUGAACAUGCCAGAAGAUAUCUCAGUAAAGCUACGACGCUGGAGAAGACCUACGGGCCCGCGUGGAUUGCAUACGGGCACUCGUUUGCGGUGGAGAGUGAGCACGACCAGGCGAUGGCCGCCUACUUCACAGCGGCUCAGCUGAUGAAAGGGUGUCAUUUGCCAAUGCUGUAUAUUGGAUUAGAAUAUGGAUUGACCAAUAACUCAAAAUUGGCUGAAAGAUUCUUUGGCCAGGCCCUGAGCAUUGCCCCUGAAGAUCCUUUCGUUAUGCAUGAAGUUGGUGUGGUUGCAUUUCAGAAUGGAGAAUGGAAAACAGCAGAAAAAUGGUUUCUUGAUGCUUUGGAAAAAAUUAAAGCAAUUGGGAAUGAGGUAACUGUGGACAAGUGGGAGCCUUUGUUGAACAACUUGGGGCAUGUUUGCAGAAAACUGAAAAAGUAUGCAGAGGCACUGGAUUACCACCGCCAGGCCUUGGUGUUAAUUCCACAAAACGCUUCCACCUAUUCUGCCAUAGGGUAUAUCCACAGUCUGAUGGGCAACUUUGAAAAUGCUGUGGACUAUUUCCAUACAGCCCUUGGUCUGAGGCGAGAUGAUACAUUUUCUGUUACAAUGCUUGGUCAUUGCAUUGAAAUGUACAUUGGUGAUUCUGAAGCUUAUAUUGGAGCAGACAUUAAAGACAAAUUGAAGUGUUACGACUUUGAUGUACAUACAAUGAAGACUCUAAAAAACAUUAUUUCACCUCCGUGGGAUUUCAGGGAAUUUGAAGUAGAAAAACAGACUGCAGAAGAAACAGGGCUUACACCACUGGAAACCUCAAGGAAAACUCCAGACUCCAGACCUUCUUUGGAAGAAACCUUUGAAAUCGAAAUGAACGAAAGUGACAUGAUGUUAGAGACAUCUAUGUCAGACCACAACUAUACCUCUGCAUUUAGGAACGGAGAGCUGCCUUAAGAGACUGAACAAACAGCACACCUUUGCAACAGAUGUAUCUUGGACUGCUUUUUCAUUACGGAAAACCUGCAGAGCUUCUGUAUACCCCUCACUUGUUCCCUCUGUCGUUAACAUCUUGCGUCACCAUGAGACCUUUGUCAUAACUAAGAUACCCACGUUUUUAUGUUACUAGCAACUAAACUCCAGACUUCAUUCGGAUUUCACUGGUUUUUGCAUUGUUGUCCUGCUUCUGCCCCAGUUGCCCAUCCAGGGCCCACGCUGCACUUAGCUGUCCUGUCUCGUCACACUUCUCGUGGCUGAGACAGUCUCUCAGACUUCUGUUGUCUCUCCUGACGUGGACGGUUUUGAAGAAGACUGGCCUGUUUAGUAGAAUAUCCCUCAGUUUGAGUUUGUAUCUCAUAUGUCUCAUGAUUUGACUGGAGUCAUGAUUACUGGGUUUAGGGGAGAAAAUAUCACAGGUAUGAAGGACCUUUCUCAUCACAUCAUGUCACAGUAGUUACACAGUAACAACUUACUACAGAUGGUGUUAACCAUGACCGUUUGGUCAUGAUGGGGCCUGCCGAGUUUCUCCACUGUAAAGGGACUGUGCUUUCCCUGACCAUACUGGAAUUUUCAGAAGCAGUCACUAAGUCCAUGCGACCCUAAGUGGGACCAGAGCGAUUAAGGUCCACAGCCUGGAAGAGGGUAUAUCGGCACAUAUUAUUUGAAAUUCUUCUGUGAUUAAAAUUUGUCUCUUCUCUCUCAUUUUUCAGUCAUUUAGUAUUAUGGACUUAUGUGUAUGUUUUAUAUUUUAGGUUAUAAAUCCUAUGCAAUAUUAUUCAUUGCAUGGCUUUAAUUAUUUUAGCUUUGGCCAUUGGGAGCUCUUUCAGCUAGGCUCUUGUGAGAUGCCCAGUCCAUUUUUUUGUUUUGUUUUCUUUUCUAUGGUAAGUAUACACGCCUGCCCAUACCAGUUCAAUAUGGGAUGUGGGAGAAGUGGGAAGGCAGACGGUAUAUAGGAACUUUGUGCUUUCUGUUCAUUUUUCUGUAAACCUACACUGCUCUAAGAAAUACAGUGUGAGUACAUGUGGAUAUAGACAAGUAGACCUUUUAAACAUUUUCAGUUAUGCAGUUCAGUGGCAUUUAUUUCCAGUGCUUUUUCAUCACCCCAAACAGAAACAUUGUACUCACUAAGCAGUAGCUCUGUACUCAUCCCUCCUCCCAGCCCCUUGUGAAUUCUAAUCUACUUUCUGUUCCUCUGAAUUUACCCAUUCUAGGUAAUUUCGUAUAGGCGGGAUCAUGCAAUAUUUGUCCUUUUGUGUCUAGUUUAUUUUACUUAGCAUAAUAUUUUAAAGGUUUAUCCAAGUCUUAGCUUCUAGUAGAACUUUCUUUUUAUGGCCCUGGUUGGUGUGGCUCAGUUGGUUGGAGUGUCAUCCCAUAGACUGAAAGGUCACAGAUUCAGUUCCCACUCAGGGAACAUACUCAGGUUGUGGGUUUGAUCUGCAGUCGGGGGGUGUAUGAGAAGGCAGUCGAUUGAUGUUUCUCUCACUCUCAUCCCUUCACCCUUCCUCUUUCUCAAAAACAAUGAAAAAAUGUCCUCAGGUUAGGAUAAUACAAAAAAAUUUUUUAAAUUCCUUUUUAUGACUGAAUAAUAUUCCAUUCCUACUAGGUAGGUGUGGUAUCACUAAUUGGGUUAAUUUAUCUUUUCAAAUAAUUAGUGAUGUUGAGCAUCUAAUCCCUGUGCUUAUUGGUCAUUUGUAUAUCUUCUUUGGAGAAAUGUCUGUUUGGGUCCUUUGUUCAUUGUAAAAUUGGAUUGUUUAUUUU